AUGGAGACUGUUGGUUUAUCAGGUGGUAUGGACCUAAUAGCCGUAAUCAGAGCCUCAGGAAGAAUUAGUCAUGCACGGGGUCUCAAUGUUCCUAGUUCGGGUAUUGUUGGUGAGCAAUUCAUUGAGAAGAUUCGUAGGGGUUGGAGGCUUCCAGAUAUGAUGUUUGCAACCAAGUGUAGUUUAUCUGAUGCAUGCAACACUAUAGCCAAACAACUUGAGAAUGUUUACUCAUCAAUUGCGGCCACCAAGCGGCAUUUAUCUUCAAAAAUUGACCAUGUGGAUCGUACUUUAGAUGAGAGUGCAGAGCUUACUGCUGCUACUAGAGAGGAGGUUUCUGAACUGCGAGGAGAAAUCCAAGUGAUUUGUGUAGAUGUGCAACCUGUUCACCAUGUAGUCCGAACUCUGGAGACUAAAUUAGUAGAAUAG